CUUUAUAAGGCUUCAUGAGGAAUUUUGACAUCAGAGGCACAUGCAUUCUUCUGCACCUAAUCCUGCACAAGAAGGUUCCAGUGCAGUGUUACACACAGCGACUGUAAAGGAGAUUGAUGGAUUGGCCCUGGGCCAACCACUGAACCCAGAGAUUUGCUGUCUGCAGUCUGUUCUGGAUUGUCUGAGCACAGACCAUUGGAUUUUUGUCCUUGAAUGAAGAUCUAAAGAAGAAAACCUGCAGUAUCAAAGUGCUGACAAGGAAAGCUCAAAUUUCACUAAAAGCCAAAACCUUACAACUAAAGAACUCAGUAAAAUGGGAAAUGUACCAUCAGAAUGUCACAUGGGAGACAGCCUGAGAUGCCGCAUUUGUAACAAAGUUCUCCCUCCAUGCACAUCCUUUGAUCAUUUAUACAAAGGUACGUUUCGUGGACAGUACGUCUAUAUUUUCAAUGGAGGAGAAUACUACAGACCAGUUGGCUAUGAUAAUAUGUACAAGUGCAACUACUGCUUUAACAAGGAAAUCAAUGACCAAGAAAACCUAAGGAGAGAAGAGGAGAGAAGAAGAGAGGAAGAGCAGCGGAGAAGAGAAGAGGAGAGAAAAAGAGAGGAAGAGCGAAAGAAAAGAGAAGAGGAGCUAAAUCAAAGACUGGAAGAAUCACAGCACCAAGCUAAGGAACAGUAUGAACAACAUCUGAGAACCAACUUAUCAGAACAAGAAUCCAAAAGAAAAGUUCUGAAAGGACAUUUGGAUGAAUUUGAGUCAGACGGUGACAGUGAUGACCUUUUAGAGAUUCUCUCACUGAAAUGUGGAUUUGAGGUUGCAGAUCUCAGUCUGGAUGAACUUUCCUCUGAUCAGCUGGGAAAGGUGGUGUCAGCUUUGGACAAACUCCUCUUUGAGGAAUGGGUUCAUGCUCUUCCAUCCCUCACCACACUGAAGCACACCCAAGUCUACAUCACAGAACUAUGUGUGCUGUCUGUGGAAAAACUAGAGGAAGAGUCCUCACAAAGGCUUUGUGACCACAUGCAGUUCCUCAUAGGAUCUAUCAGCCAAUCAGCAGGCAGUGCAGCUGACAGUUUCCUGUUGACCCAAGCUCUGUAUCUUACCAUGAUGCACUUCUACAGUGACAGCAACAGCUCGGACACAGAUGCAGUCCUCAUAGCCAAACAAUGGGCGGAAGAUGAGCUCUCGACUGAUCUUCUUUUCCCUGCAGAAUUCCUGAGCAUCCUCUUAUCAUCAAUGCAGAAUUCUGUUGAAAGAGAGUCUGUGUUCAUUUUAAAGAUGGAAAUCAAAUGCCUGAAGCUGCUGUUGUCCACGCUCACUGAUCUACACACCAAGGAAACACACUCAGAGUCCACUGAAAUGAUCUUAAGACUUGUGCAAGAAAACCAGUGGACUCCAAUGGAAGCACUAAAUCUGCUUAAAGGACUGUCAAAGAAAUGUGCAGAAAAAGCUUCAAUAACUAAAUUACUGAUACUGGUCAAAGUGUAUGAUGUAUCCCCAGACUGGAGAGAUGACUAUGGACGGACCUUCACUGAAGCUAUUGACUUUGCUGCAAACAUCUCUGAAGAUUUCCCCAAAAUUCUCAGAAAAAGUGAUGAAAGAAAUCUCCUUAAAGCCCUUGCAGAGUUAAAAUCGUCUCAAAAUCUAGAUGAUUCCUUGACUGAAAUGAUAAAAAACAUCCCAAGUGGUGUCUUAGUCUACUCUGAACAGCCACAAAAACAGCCAACAUGCAUGAGAGAUUCAAUAAAAAGUGGAUCUUUGAGCACAGAUGACCUACAGAGCUGUCUGUCUCUGCUGUGCAAAGCAGUUUUUGACUCAAAAGGCUGGUGGCCUUCAGUGAAGCACAUGUUACAAUGGUGUGCCAUGCUGCUGAAGGAGAACACCCAAGUACCACAACUGGUUGGUACUGAAGAAGACCCAUGCGUGUUAGCUAUGUAUGCAGCUAUACAAGUCUGCAAAGGAAACAAACUGGACAUUGUUCUGAACUCUGAUAUUGAAUCAGAUCAGCAGAUGAAAGAGUGGUCUGGCUUUUAUAACUCCCUUGGAAUCUCCUUUAACACAAACAAGACAACAGGAACUUCAUUUAAGGAUGUUUACGAAGCUGACAUUGUGUACGGCACAUUGAGUGACUUUGUGUCCGACUACAUUCAGCAUGCAAAAGAGGUUAUGGAAAACCGGGUUCCUCCACUUCCUCGUGGAUUUUUUAUUGAAGAACAAAGUCUUGAUUCUUUGGAGAAUCUUGAAUUUUUAAAGCUAAAAGGCAACAGUCCACUGGAGUUUGCUGCUCAAACUCUGCAAAACAUCAUGCAAAGAUGUAAAAGUCUUGAAAUGGAACCAAAAAGAUGGUUUGUGAAAGCUUUGUUUCAAAACCUUCACAAUAACAUGAACAAAGGUUUGAACACCAAAAGUCCAAUCAUCAUCGACAUCUUGAAAAAGCUUUCAGGACAGACGCUGCAGUUUAACGAGAUCUUUAUCCUGACAAUUCUGGAGAAUCUGGUUCGAGUCGUUUGUAGCGAAGCAGAAGCUGAGAAAGAAACGGCAGCACAAGCUGGCAGAUGGUGUUUGGAGGCUCUGCUUAGCUGUGCAGGGCAAUCCCAAGAUUUAAAUGAAGAAACCAAACAGAUUUUGGAAAUGGUUUUAAAUUUCAGCAGACAUGCUUGGUCACCAGUUGAAUUAUUAAACCUGCUUGGAGCAUUAACUCAGCACCAUUCCACUGAGGGCUGCACUUCCAUCAUGAAGAUUUUACACCUGUUGGAAACAUACCAGGUUUCUUCCACAUGGACAGAUGACAGCAAUCAAACUCUUCUUGACCUUUUAGGUUCUUAUAAAACUGAGAACCUUAUCCAGCACUUGGACAAGAGCCUGAGAGAUGAAAAAGGCAAAACCAUUGACAUGCUUUUUGAGGAACUGCGUCAGAUGAAAGAUAUUGAUGAGCAAACACUGACCAAGUCUUACAGUAUUGUAACUCAUGUCACAAACUUGAUACAAAGUGGUGAAAUUAAAAAUUACAAAGAUAUAACGCAGGCAAAAACUCUGAGUCAGAAUAUGGACAAAGAGAACCUUCAAGAGAUCCUUGCAUUCUUAUGCAAUGCUGUUCAUCAGCAAGUAGCUGAUGAAAAGUGGUGGCCCAGAGCCACUCAGAUGAUUAGCUGGUGCCUCUUGGCCUUGUCUGACACUGGGAAGCUCCUGGAAAUGGGCACUGGGGAGGGAAAGUCUUGUGUCAUUGCAAUGUUUGCAGUGCUUCGUGUGUUGAGGGGAGAAAAAGUGGAUGUAGUCUCCAGCUCGUCAGUGUUGUGUCAAAGAGACGCAGAAGAAUGGGGUAAAUUCUUUGAGCACUUUGGCAUUACAGUUGACACAAACACAAACAAGACUGAGGACAGUGAAAGAAAAGAAUGCUACCAGAAAGAUGUGAUCUAUGGAACUAUCGAAACCUUUGCUGCAGAUCAUCUUCGUCAGAUAUUUGAGAUGAAGGAUGUGAGGCCUGAUCGUAAAUAUCAGUGCAUCAUCAUUGAUGAAGUGGACUCUCUGCUGCUUGACCAAGGGGUGCAGCUGACCUACUUGUCCAGUCCCAUGGUUUGCAUGCAGCACCUCAACACUGUUCUUGCCAUGAUCUGGGCUCAUGUCCGUCAGUAUGGCUAUGUCUCUUCACCAUAUCAGUCAUUUGUGCGAGGCCCUCCAGCUUCAUUUUUCAAGGCCAUUUAUGACUCAAUCGACACAAAAGAAACUGAAAUAACAGACCCAAUUGAUAUUUUACGUAUUGCUGAAGAAACCAACACUGUACCCAUGGGGUUUGCUGAAGAAAUCUACAAUAGUAAACCAGAUGAACUUCGUGACAAACUGAAAACUGUGAGUAAAGAUACAGCAGUUAACUUCUUUAAAGAACUGGAAAACUAUGUUCCCUAUGGCUUUACUGUCUAUACUUUGAAUGAGAAAGGAUUGCUUUCUCUUGAGAAACUCAGCCCUUAUGAUAAAAACUCAAUUCCAGAACUAACAUUUCUGGUCAUGGAGGAAGGGUUUUGUUGUUCUCUUUACGACUCUGAUGAAAUUCUAGUUCAGCCAAUAGCUGAUACGAUCUCCGAGAAAAUUCAGUACACCCCAUGCACAAACAACAAAGAUGAAAUCCGCAUUCCUGGAUUCUUGAAGAACUUGAUUGGUGAAAAAAUGUCCGUGUGGACUCAGAAUGCAUUUCUGGCUUUGCAACUAAGAGAGGGACGAGAUUACGUUGUAGAAAACAAUCAUGUUUGUCCAGUGGAUUUCAGAUCCACAGGGAUCGUGGAACUAAAUAAGAAAUGGGGAGAUGGUCUCCAGCAGUUUGUUGAGAUCAAACACCAAAUCAAACUCAGCACAAUUUCAACUGUGACAAACUACAUUUCCAACGUUGCAUUCUUUGAAAAGUACCAGGGGAAAAUCUAUGGAACGACAGGAACUCUUGGCAGUGAAAAAGACAUUCUGUUUCUGAAGAACCUUUACCCAAACCUGACUGCCUGCAAAAUGCCAGCAUUCAACAGAAAGAAGUUAUUUGAAGUCGAAGGAAAAGUGACAACCUCAUCUGAAGAGUGGAAAUCGGAAAUAAAGCAUGUGGUGAUGGCUCAGGUCUCCAAAAAUUCCUACAGGGAUGGAAGAGCGGCUCUGAUAAUCUGUGAAACAAUCAACAAAGCCAAAGAGAUCUAUGACGAUCUAAAAAGCUGUGUCUCAGGUGAUAUCAUUCUCUACUGCCGAAGCGACAAUGACAGCUUGAGCAAAAUAGAAAAAACACUUCUUCCUGGAGAUGUUAUAGUUGCCACCAACCUUGCCGGACGAGGAACAGACAUAAAGGUUUCCAAAGACGUGAACAAUAACGGGGGGUUAUUUGUGAUCCUCUCGUUCCUUUCAGACAACACAAGAGUGGAACUUCAGGCCUUUGGUCGAACGGCUCGCAAAGGCAAACCUGGAUCUGCCCAGAUCUUCAUGUCCACUGAACACCUUCAGCGAGGUUUCAAGACAGGGACCUCUCUAGAGGAAGCGAAGAGUACAAGAGACACACUUGCAGAAGAAAGAAUACGUUGCAUGAUGGAUGAUGUCCAUGAAAUGAAAUUAAGGGAAGAACUUUUCUCAGACUACUGCAAAACUCUUCAAGAAGUUCACAAGAUUUCAGAUGAAGAUGAAAAACGAGUUAUGAUAGAUAUCAUGAAUGAGUUCUGGGGCAUUUGGCUGCAAAUUAAAUCAGAAGACAUUGACCAGUUGAAAAUGGAGGAACUGAAACAAAGUCUGAAGGCUGAUUUGGCAGAGGCAAGAGAUCAGUCUCAAAAGCAGGAAUCCCCAUGUUCAAGCAUUUAUCACUUUAUAAAGUUUGGAAAUGUUGCACUUGAUGAUAAGAAAUGGGACCUUGGAGCCAGUCUCUUUCAGAAAGCCAUGGACCAGGAUAAAAGCUGGGCAGCAAUUGCUUCUUACAAUCAUGCUUACUGUACUAUUAUGCAGAGGAAGAAUAACUAUCUAAAAAAUGCCAGAGAAGAUCUGAAGAAAGCAGAGGAGUCCUUACAGUGCCUUAGUGAGGAGUCUAUGAUCUGUUUGCAGUUUGUGAAGAUGGGUUCUGUUGAAUCAACCAAGAAUGAACAAACAAGUCUGGAAAAACAAUUGACAACUAGAUGCAACAUGUAUGAAACAUGGGGUAAAAACAUAUCUGAGGCCAUUAAGAAGUUAGAUGAGAUCAUAGAGAAGGAUAAAAAUGCUGUGGCCAAGAAAUCUCCAGUUUUCUCAUUGAUUUCAAGUGCUGAUGAAGAACUCCAAGUUGAAGCUUACAGCCUCUACAAAGGUGGUCUGCAGUAUGCAUUUGCUGUUGAACAAGAGCCCUCCAUUUGGGAAGCUAUUUUGGUGUUUUUUCUUGGAGUCUUACAGAUUGUUGCUGGAGUUCUGCUUGCUGUCUUCACUUGUGGAGCACUAGCUCAAGUUGGCUUUGGACUCAUUUCUGAAGGAGUGUCAGACUGCAUCUAUGGCAUCGAGGCCCUAGUGACAGGAGAGUUCAGCUGGAAAGACUGGGCUAUACAGAAAGCCAUUUCCGUCGGUGUGUCACUCAUUACAUUCGGAGUUGGAAAGUUGGUUUCUAAAGGCUUAAAAGCUUGCAAAAUGGCAUUGAAACACUUGGGCAAAAAACUGAAGGCACUUCCAAAGCUAAUCUCCAAACAUGCUAAAGACAGUAUGAGUGCUGUCACAAAGACAAACCUAAAAAAUGCAGUAAAAGAGGCCAGUAAAAAAAUAGGGAAAGAAAUAUUUUUCCAAGGGCUUGGAAAGGCAGAGGAAGAAAUAAUGAAACAGAUAUUAAAAAGUAUAAAAAAUGAUCUGACCAAGACAAUCACAAAUGGCGUUGAAUCCAACUUAGAGAAAGACCCACUGAGUUCUUUAGUAGAUUCUACCAUUGUCCUACACCUGGUAGAUAAGGAACAACUUAAAGAGCUCCUCAAUGAUGAAAAGAGAAAAGCUAAUCUCCUUGAAGUUUUCAAAAAGUUAAGCAAAACUGCACUGCAGCCAUUCUAUGCAGACCUUAGUUGGCAGAACAAGCUCAACUCAUCCAUUAUCAAAGUGAUAGACAGAGCUAAAGAAGAGGCCAAAGGAAAAGUCAAAGUAUUUUUUCAAGUCAUUCAAGCUGCACAUCUUUCGAUACUAGCAGCUGAUGCUGUUGCGGCAGUAUCAACUAUCUCCACAAAAUUCUUCUCAAAUCUUCAAAAGGAGCUAGAAUCAUUCAAACAAAAUACAAAUAUUACAGAAAAAGUGAAAGAAAAUGAGCUUUCAGCUUCAGACUCAGAGAUUUUGAAAUCACUCAAGCAAGAUAUAGCCAAUGCUAUUUCUGAAUUACUGGCUGAUGCUAUGGUGGAGGUUUUUAACCAGAAGUUCUCCGGUCACAUCAUUUCUCAAGUACAAGAUAAGGUGAAUGGGGCCCUUGGAGAAUACAUUAAAAAAGGCUUCAAGAGAGCAGAAGACAAGCUUAAAGCUGCACGCAGUUCAACUGCAGACAUGACUGUUAAUCCAGAUUCUCAACUCUCAAGGUCUUAUGCAGAGAAGAUCAAAAGCCCUGGCAGUGGGGGGACCAUCCUUGAUGUGAGAGUUCUGUCAGAGGCUACAGGAACUAAAGUUGUCAUCCUAACUGAGAAUAAACAUGGAAGUCUUACUAAAAUGCAGGAAGUAAACCCACGCAGCAAAACCUCUGAUCAGACAGUAACACUGAUCUACAGACCAAAGAGUGACAAACAUCCUGAUGGUCAUUUUGACACUUACAUUGAUAACAAGAUAGUGAUCACCAACAGCAAUGGAAAGAGCAGCCUGUUUUUGGCUUUGGCAAGAGCCAGAAAACCAACAGCCAAUGAAGUAGAGAUCUCACAAGAAGCUGAUUACUUACGAUCUGCGGAGGCCAAGACUUUACUUCAACGUCCCAGUCAGUGGGGAUCUUUCAUCAAGCACAAGCAGUGGGUUGAAAGACUCAGAGAUAGUGACUGGUACAUCCCAGAGGGAAGUAGACCAAAACAGAUCAUGAAUAAAAUCCAGACAAGUCUUAAUACACAAGUUGGAGAAAUAAAUUACUACAUAAAAUGGCAAAAACACUACCCUCAAAAUCCAAAAAUGACACAAAUCUUUAACACAGAUCACCAACCUCCACCCAAUAGUAUCCUGGAAGCUAGUCAAGUUAACCAGAACAGCAGACUGGCCAAGGCCAUGCUUGAGGUAGGACCAAAACCCUCAACCUUUGACAGUGUGGAUGUAAAUGCUGAUGUGGAGAAACAUCAUGGCCUACAACUUCAGAACACUGGUGCACUUCAAGGAAAAAAUCAGAACUUUCCAGCAGGAACAUCUGAAAAAUUCACAACAUUACUCACCACUGCCAUCAGCAGGGAUGAUGUUGAGAGCACCUUCAAACUGAUGGUCAUUGGUGCAGCAGUGGACUAUGGUCAUGUCAGCGGUGGCAGCAACUUCAAGAGUUCUCAGAACCUGAAGAAGAGUAAAACCAGGCUCUCUAGCUUUGAAAAGAGAGUUCAAGAAAACAGCAGAGAUAUGGUGGAGAAGUGGUUUGGCCUGCUUCAAGGUAAAGAUGUCAUGACCCAAGAACAACUUAACACCAUCACUGCUUGGAUCAAAGAUGAGGGAUACAAGAACAAGAAUGAUCCUCAGAGGAGCCAGUUGUUCAGUUCUCUACAGUAAAAGUGAGAACAUCAGUGUCCCCAAUAAAAGAGAAGAAUGAGAGCAGAGAUUUUCUGUCUUCAUCAAAGAACAUCCAUCAAUUUGCAUUUUAAACCUUUAUUUCCUUUUGAGAAAAUACAAAAGUAAUAUAAAAACAACUGUAAACGAUGACUUUAAGCAUUUGUUGACAAGGAGAACAAUGUUAAUUGUAAAAUUAUUCUUUCUAAAUGUAUGUUGAUAAAUGUAUUUCCUUGUCAUUUAUUGCAUAAGAAAAUAACUAUUCACAUUAUAUAUUGAUCAUUUGAUAUGAAACAUUGUUUUCUUUUUUCUUUUUAUUCAACAAUUUUCUUUUAACACUGAUUUGUGUUAUUUCUUUAGAGUGCAAUCAUGUCAGAAAAUGAACAACGAGGUUUUCACCUUUGUAAUUACUAUUUGGCGACACCAACAAUUAACUCACAGACUUCAGUGAAAUAGUCAUGUUCAAACUGUAUUAACCUCUUAUUUUUAUUGUACUAACAUUAUUUUUGCUCCUGUUGAACAAUACCAAUCAAAUGUUACAACAAUGAUUUUAAAAUCGAAUGAAUGUAAACUGUCGGCAAUUUACUAUAAAAGGGGACAAAAACACAUAAAAUUUAAAGAAAAGCACAA